GCAAAACUUACGAACAACUGAGGAGCCACUCCCAGUGCGGGUAUGUGUUUGCGUUGGUGUCUAAAGGAGCUGGGAUCCUCUCUGGGUGAGUCCAGUCACCACAGAAGUUGGAACGUAUCCAGUCACCAUUGACAGGUGAAGUUAGACCGUGACCCGUCAGUCACAAUGGGGGUGAAGGGCUUGUGGUCACUGCUGGAGGGAAACAGCCAGAUCUACCAGGACAUCAAAUUCAGUAACAGCGAGCAGGUGGUGGAUGGCUGUAACCUGGCCUACCACCUCUUCAACAUGGCCAACCUGGACCAGAACCCCGGCGGGGAGUACCUGGCCUUCCAGGCGGUGGUCCAGGCUUUUUUCAAGACUCUGGACAACUGUAGAAUCAAAGCAUACGUUGUGAUUGACGGAGGCUUCGGCACCAGCGACGUCCAACUCAAAACCAGGAUGAGCCGUCUAAGCGCCCUUCUCCAGCAUAUCCCUGCCGCUCUGACUAGCGAGAAAAAGGGCAUCUAUCCCCCCUCUGUAAUGUCAGUAUUUGAGCAGACGCUGAACGACCUGAGGGUGCCGCAGGUCAAGUGCUUCGGAGAGGCAGACGGCCAGCUGGCUGCCCUGGCCAGAGAGGUUUCCUGCCCGUUGCUGUCCGAAGACACCGACUUCUACAUUUAUGACCUUCCAGAAGGGGUUUUGCCCCUAGCUCCCUUCUGGAAAUCAGUUAAAGACAGUCCGGCCAGCAGUGAAAUCCACUGCAAGCUAUACACCACGACCAAGUUCUGCACCGUGUUCAAUAUCGACCCCCAGUUGCUGCCCAUCUUUGCCUCGCUGGUCAAGGUAGACCACGUCAAACUCAACAAGCUAGACAACGCGGAGGUGAAGAAUAUGCUGAGGGAGUCCAUGCUGGAGUACGAGCUCCCCAGCUCACCAGCUCCUCUCUUGAUUGGCUUCUUGAGUAAGGGCACCGUUCCGCAGCUGCCUGCUAAGUUGAGCUCCGUCCCUGAGUGGGUCCGUGCCUCCCUGGCCAUGGGAGGCCUGGGAGCUAACAUACUUCAAUAUGACAUACUUCUGCACAGGAGGAAGAUUUUGAGGAUCCAGGUGGAGCGCUGCGACCUGCAGAGCUCCAACCUCAUCUCACGGCCCAUCCGGCAGGUGUUGUACGGGCUGCUGCUGGGCCAGGGGGGGGGGGCGGAGGUGGACGAGGUGGACCGGGAUGGUCUGGAUGCCGUUAAUCCCGAGGUGAAACCGGAGGUCGAACAUCAGAAGCUGAUGCUGGACUCUCUGCCCCAGGUGUGUCUGGAGACGCUGGGCGUGGAGGAAAAGACGCUGGAGGGAGUUCCGGCUCAUCUGCGCCUCCCAGUGGCUGUGACCCGCUACUGGCUGAGGAGGGCCAGCCCUGGGCCGGACCUGACCCACCUCAAAGCUCUGCUGAUGGUCUUGGUCCAAGGAGAACUGAACCGACAGACAGGAGGGACAACAGGUAGGUAG